AGCUUCGUACCCAUUAGUUUCGUUAUUAUGUUGACUCGCGUGAUAUUCGCUCGUAGCUCUAGUUAUCGCGAUUAUUGUUUCCCGUCUGAUCAAUGCAGUCAACAAUAAUAUAAAGUUCCGCACAUUUAAUAGUCCCCAACCUUCUUAUUUUAACACGCUGCAAAAAAAAUCAUUUAAUUUUCCCACAUCUACUAGAUGAUAUAUUACAUUAUUAGGCUAGAUUGCACUUUACAGAUGUCAGGGUUGGACCUUGACAAAGAUCACAUUCUCGAGAUGGCAUGCAUUGUCACAGACAAGGAUCUUAAUAUCGUAGCUGAGUCAGAAGACCUUGUCAUACACCAGCCAGAUGAGGUUCUUAACGGGAUGGAUUCAUGGUGCACACAACAUCACGGAGAGUCAGGGUUAACAGAAGCAGUCAGGAAGAGCAAGAUUUCACUGACAGAAGCGGAAGACCGGAUGAUGGAGUUCGUCCAAGAGCACACGUUGCAGCGUACGGCGCCGCUCGGAGGCAACUCUGUGCAUGCGGACCGCGGCUUCCUCGUCAAGUACAUGCCUCGCUUUACCGGGCACCUUCACUACCGCAUCAUAGAUGUCAGCACAGUAAAAGAGCUUUCAAAACGCUGGUUUCCUUUAGAAUACUCUAGCGCACCAGCCAAGAAGCUUUCACACAGAGCGCUGGAUGACAUAAAGGAGAGUAUUGAAGAGCUCCGCUACUACAGACAAAAUGUAUUCAAACCAACAUGACAUCAGCCACGCAACAAUUAUCGGCUAACAUACUGAUUUUGAAUAUUUGGAACAAAACGUGACUGCAAUGCUGUAUACUUAGUAUCUGUGGUAAUUCGCCCAAAUAGAAACUUAUGAUACAACAUUACAUGUGGUUUAUAUAAAAAUGCAACAUAACUGUAUGUUCAUAGAAGGGACUGAAAUUGAAAUGCCUAGUUUAAAUUAAGAGUGAUGAAAGAAAUGAUAGUGUUUUUCCGUAAAUUAUUAAUCAACAAAAUAUAGUGGACCAAUGUAAAUUUACGUAAACGAGUUAAAGGUACUCUCUGUUUUAUUCUCCAAACAAAGUUUAUGCAUUGAAUUUCCUUGUAUAAGAUCAUUUUUAAAGGAAUUAACUACAACGGGCAUUUUUGCAUGCACGCGGCAUCGCUGAAUAACAUUAGGUUAAAUUACGUCAACAUAAAACAGCGCACAAUGAAUGAACCAUUUUGUUUUGUACAUUUGAACAGUCUAUAUUAUAUAAAUAUCUUAACUUACAUUUAUUUAACAUCUGAAAGACGUUUGCAUGUAUUGAUGUUUGUGUUUUAGAUGCCUGAUCAAGUGCUCAUGGUGAGCUAUACUUUUGGGUGGCUAUACGUCGUUGUAUGGUGUCCGUUGCCAGUCGUCAACAAUUUGCUUGAAACUUAUCUUUUUAAACGUAAGAUAGACGUUCAUAAAAUUUUAACGGAAUGAUCAUUAGGCGACUAUCGCAUAGUGGUUCUGUUCAUAAUUUUUUAAAUCAUAUCACAAGGGUCUAAAAUGGAUAACAUUGUUUCUAUUGCGUUGUUUAGAAAAAUAAACGUAAAAGGUUUUUGUCUAAAACGACGAGCCGAACAUG